UUAUAAAUUCUCGUAUCAUUCUCGUCUCUGAUCUCUCUCUUCCGCGUCUUCAACAAAUUUUCUGUUUCACUCUCUCCCCAUUUUCACAUUUCCUCUCUCGUUCACAAAAGCUUAGGGCUUUUUUUUUGUUUUGUUUUGUUUUUUUUUCAACACACUUUGACGAGAAACAAACACUCAUAUAUACGAGCUUCAAAGGUGGUGUAUGUGUGGGGGCUGUGAAUUUCAUUGUGAUUAGGGCAUAAUACUGCUUUUGUCAUUUUAUGAGUCUGAGAAUCAAAAUUAGGUUUUCGUUUUCGUUAUUGUUUUUAGUUUAGAGAUUGAAUGGGCGGGCUUAGCCGCAAAGUUCUAUGCUUUUAGGCUUCGAAAUGGAGGGUUAAGGGUUCUUUGUGUUGGGGUGCAUUGCUAGAGGGAUUGAAGGUGGUUGAGUGCGGGGAUUUGGUGAAGAUGACCGAUUUUCAACCUCUGCAACAGAAACCUGAGUCCACCGAUGCCUGCUCCGAUUUUGAGCGGGGAUUGGAGGAAUUUAUGCGUGGGCACUUGGAUGAUUGUAUGUCAUUCGCUUCCUGUAGCUCCACUCGCACUCCGGAUGAUGAGGACGAUGAGGGUGAUCAGCUAGUUCGGAGGAGAAGGAGGUCCGAUUUGGAGGGUGAUGAUUUGGCAGAGUCCUCGGCUGCACGGCGUCGCCACUCUCGUAUUUUGAGUAGGUGGGCUGCCCGGCAGGCACAGGAGAUGAUCACCACGAUUGAGAGGAGGAAUCGUGAAUCGGAGUUGAUGGCACUUGCGGGUUUGCACACAGUUUCCAUGCUGGACUCCUCUUUUUUGAGGGAGUCGCAGUCCCCGACCUCGAGGCGGCAGGGGGCUGUGGAGAGGCCAAGCACUCAGUCAUCUGCGAUUAUGCAAAUGUGGCGGGAGUUGGAGGAUGAGCAUUUGUUGAAUCGGGCCCGUGAAAGGGUGAGGGAGAGGUUGAGGCAGCAAAGGAGUGUUGAGUCUAACACAAAUGAGUCCAGUACAAACAUGUCGGAUAGUCGGGAGAGUGAGAAUCAGGGGAGUUUAGGAGAUGUGAGUGAGAGUGAAAACGAGUUUGGGAGUUGGGCUCAUGAUCAGAUGGGAUCGCAGAAUGAACGUGUGGAUAAUAACAGGUCUAGUAGGGAGCAAUCUCCUGAUGUUGGCGAUGUUGAGAGGGAGAGAGUGAGGCAGAUAGUUCGUGGCUGGAUGGAGAGUGGCAUUAGUGAUCAUGCGACAAAUGUUAGUCAAAGAAAUAAUAGUCCCAGAGCAGAAUGGCUUGGGGAAACAGAACGUGAAAGGGUGAGAAUUGUUAGGGAGUGGGUACAAAUGACAAGUCAGGAGAGAGGAGCUCGUGGGAGCCGGAGGGAAGAUCAGCCCACUGGAGUUGGUUCUCAGGCGGAUCGUGUUCGUGAUGGGUUGGUGGCUGACCAUGAUGAAGGCCAACCUGAGCAUAUUCGCCGGGACAUGUUGAGGUUGCGUGGAAGACAAGCUCUGCUUGAUUUGCUUGUUAGAAUUGAGAGAGAAAGACAGAGGGAACUUGAGGGUUUGUUGGAGCAUCGGGCUGUCUCUGAUUUUGCUCAUCGUAACCGCAUUCAGUCAUUACUCAGAGGUAGAUUCUUGCGAAAUGAAAGACCUGUUGAAGAUGAGAGACCGCCUUCCAUGGCAGCAAGUGAGUUAGUUCAGUUAAGACAACGACAUACUGUCUCUGGUUUAAGGGAAGGGUUUCGCUCCAGGUUAGAAAAUAUUGUUCGUGGCCAAGCAGGCAGCCAGUCUGAUACCACAUCUAACAAUAAUAUCAGUGAUUCUAGAAAUGAUCGGACUCAAACAAACGCUUCACAGGAUGUCCAACAUGAAAAUCAUGAACAACCACAGUUUAGGAGUCCAGAAAGUGAUGGCGAUCAGUUGCCUGAUCAAAUGGGGAGCUUGGAAACCAAUAGAGCCGUCGAGAAUAUAACUUGGCAAGAAACUUCUAAUCAAGGAGGGGAUUGGCAGGAACAAAUUCCUGAAGAUGAGAGAGGAAACUGGCAGCAGACAACCUAUGGUCAAUUUAAUGGGUGGAGAGAUGGCAAUAUUGAAGAUAUGGAUGCAAAUUGGCAGGAUAAUUCAGUCAAUGAUUGGCCCCAGGAAACUUUAAGGAAUGUAAAUGGAGAAGAGGGACAUCCACAAGGAGCCCAGGGGAUUUGGCAUGAGGAUGGCUCUCGGGAGUCUGUUGAAAAUUGGUCAGAGGGGCCUUCUGCUCCUCCAAGAAAUCGUCGUGCUGUUCCUGUUAGAAGAUUCAAUAGAUUUCAUCCACCUGAUGAUGAUAAUGUGUACAGUAUGGAACUCAGGGAACUUUUGAGCAGGAGAAGUGUUUCUAAUCUUCUUCGUAGUGGUUUCCGCGAAAGUUUGGACCAAUUAAUACAGUCUUAUGUGGAAAGGCAGGGUCGUGCUCCGAUUGACUGGGAUUUGCAUAGAAACUUGCCUACACCAACUCCUGCUUCACCUGAGCAGGAUCAGGAGCAACAGAGGGAUGAACAGAAUGAUGAUCAACGCGAUGCCAUUAACAGACCUUCACUGGUGCUACCAUCUCCACCAGUGCCCCCUCCACAACCACUUUGGCACCAGGACUUACAUCACACUGGCUGGUCUCGUCAUAGCAUGCAUCGCUCAGAAAUUGAAUGGGAGAUGAUUAAUGAUCUGAGAUCAGACAUGACACGACUUCAGCAAGGAAUGAGCCACAUGCAGAGGAUGUUGGAAGCCUGCAUGGAUAUGCAACUAGAGUUGCAGCGAUCUGUUAGACAGGAAGUCUCCGCAGCUCUGAAUCGAUCAGCUGGUGAAAAAGGCUUGGGUGCUGAGACAUCAGAAGACGGGUCUAAAUGGGGUCAUGUGAGGAAAGGGACUUGCUGUGUUUGUUGUGAUAGCCAUAUUGAUUCACUCCUGUACAGAUGCGGACACAUGUGCACUUGCUCAAAAUGUGCAAAUGAGUUAGUUCGUGGUGGAGGAAAAUGCCCGUUGUGUCGGGCGCCAAUCGUGGAGGUGAUCCGAGCUUACUCCAUACUGUAAAAAGAAAGGUUUUAAAAGGCAAAAAAAAGAAAAAAGAAAAAAGAAAAAAAAAAGGAACAAAAUUAUGUUUAGAUUGAGCCAUGAGAUCUGAGGGAGCGAACGUCAGUUCCCUUGUAUCGAAUUGAAGCUCAUGAGGUUCUUGUCUGUAGAAUAGUAGUGUUCAGUGGUUGCCAAUGUUUUUCUGAUUAUAUAUGGAACAUCAUGCAUUGUAUAAUUGGAAUGACAAAUGGCACUGUUGAUUCAUCAUUCUUGCGUAAAUAAAAUGUUUAUGAUUCUUUUUA